AUGUCAUUCCGAACAUUCGCGGCACGGGCUGGCACGGCAGCAAACGCUGCAGGCCGGAGCAGCUAUCGCAGCGCAUUCACCAUGGCACAUCAGACCAGAGCAUUGAGCUCGGCCAUUGAUGCACGACCGCUGUCUGCCGAAGCGUACCAUGUCAAGGAACUGCCUGGCGACGAGCCCAACGAUGUUGUCUUCGAGAGCAAGUACGGACUGCGAACCAUUCUGCUGAACCGACCCAAGAAAUUGAAUUCCCUAAAUGGAUCAAUGAUUCGCAAGAUUGUUCCCCGGUUAAUUGAGUGGGAAAAGUCAGACAUGGCAAACGUCAUUGUCAUGAAGGGCGCGGGAGAGAAGGCUCUUUGUGCCGGCGGCGAUGUUGCUGAGCUCGCCCUCUACAACCAAGAGAGCGUCGAUGGAUGGAAGAAAUCGACCGAAUACUUUGCUCUUGAAUACCAGUUAGAUCACUACAUUGCGACAUACCAGAAGCCAUACAUUGCGUUCAUGGACGGAAUCACAAUGGGCGGCGGUGUUGGACUGAGCAUCCACGCACCAUUCCGAAUCGCAACGGAGAGGACCAUGUUUGCUAUGCCCGAGACAACGAUUGGAUUCUUCCCCGAUGUCGGCGCAUCUUUCUUCCUACCUCGGAUGAACGGCUCUAUUGGAACCUAUCUUGCCUUGACCAGCGAUAGGCUCAAGGGUCCCAACGUCUUCUAUAGCGGCAUUGCGACUCACUAUCUGCACUCGUCAAGCUUGCCAGAUCUCGAGGCCCGUCUUGCAGAACUGCGAUUCCGAGACGAGGACCCCCUGCCCCGACGACUUGAACUUAUCAACGAUACCCUGGAAGAGUUCUGCACCGGCCUUCCAUACGACCAAAACUUCUCGCUGAGCGGCGAGACCCGACGUGCUAUCGACCGAUGCUUCAGCAAGAACAACGUGAAUGACAUCAUUGCUGCCUUGAAGGAAGAGCGGGGAGAGACUGAGGAGUGGGCGCAGAAGCAGCUGGUCACGCUCCAAAAGCGAUCACCCACUGCUGUGCACGUUGCUCUGAGGCAGAUGCGAGUCGGUGGCAAAUGGAGCAUCUCGGAGACAUUCGAAAAGGAACACCAGAUUGCGGCCAAGUUCAUGCAGCACCACGACUUCACGGAGGGUGUGACAGCGCUGCUGGUGCGCAAGGAGGCUGCCAAGUGGCAACCCGAGACUCUGGAGGCUAUUCCCGCCAGCGAGAACGUCUCCAAGCCGUUCUUUGACUUCAAGAAGGAAGCCGGACUUAAGCUAUUCACGGACCGGACAUAUUCUGAGUACCCUUUCGCCGCCCUCGGCGUGCCGACGGAGAAGGAAAUCCAGGCUGUUGUGUCUGGCAACUCACUCACACCGGCCGAGCUUGCCAAGCAGGUCAAGGCAUCAAGGAAGAACCGACAAGGUGUGGCCGAGGUUGUGGAUGAGAUAAUCAGCAGAAAGACGACGGUAGAUGAGCAGGGCAAGGCCAAGUGGGUGGCUGAUGAGGCGGCGUCUUCAAGUCGACUGUAA